GCGACCUCUGUGGACGGCCAGUUGCAGUAGCACCGAGGUGGGCAUGCUCUUGCGACUAGUCGCUACGACCUGAACAAAAGACCAUUUGACGUCGGACUGAUGCGCCAUGGAGUCGCUGCGGUUGGAGCAGCAAAAGCUCGACAAGAAGGGAAACCUGUCAAAGACGAUCGGAGAUGUGCAAAAGACGAUUGAUCUACUCACGGCGGCGCGAGAGGCCGUAGCUGCUGAUGGAACUGCGGCGGCGCCGACACUUGCAAAGGUCAAGCGACCGCUCAAGGCUUCUCUGGAUCAGGUGAACUCGGACAUCAAGGAGAUCUACUCUGCGCACAAGGACUACUCCAAAGCCCUAGAUAAGAAAUUCAAACCGCAACCGAUACCCGCUUCCCAUCAUGAUGCCCUCUCGUCGCAACCCGCUCUCACCAAUCGCGCCAUCGCAAUGCACCUCCUACGUGAGGGCCAAUUUGACGUCGCCCAAACCUUCCUAUCAGAGCUGGAAUCGAGGCCGAAGCCUGCAAGACAUGAUCAAGAUGAGGACAGUCUCAUGCAAGAUGGUGACAACAUUGAACCCAGCCACACCGACUUUAAGAUUCCGGGCGACAUGCAAUCACAGUUUGCUCACAUGUACACUGUUCUCGAUGCAUUACGCAGACAUCACAACCUGGACCCAGCCAUCCAAUGGGCCCGUCAACACAGCCAUAGACUCGACCAGAGAGGUUCGAAUCUGGAGUUCGACCUAUGCCGUCUACGCUUUGUCGAGCUCUACUGUCAGGACAAUGAUCCCAACGACUACAUGUCCGGCCCAUUGAAAGCCCUGGAAUACGCUCGUCAAACUUUCCCCAAUUUCUCUGCCAGGUAUAUGCGUGAGACUUCCUCGUUACUCGGCUCUCUGGCCUUUGCUCCGGCUUUAACCUCAUCCCCAUACAAGAGUGUCUUCUAUAACAAUGAUGCCUGGGAACAUGCGGCAUCCAGCUUCAUUCGCGAGUUCUGCGCCAUGCAGGGGCUCAGCGAAAAGAGCCCCCUCUACACUGCCGCAACAGCCGGUGCCAUCGCUCUCCCUGUGCUCGAGAAACUCGAGCGAGUCAUGGGUGAAGUAGGAGGUCAAUGGACAAGUGUUAACGAACUACCUGUCGAGAUCCCACUACCACAAUCAUAUCUCUUCCACUCCAUCUUUGUCUGCCCCGUCAGCAAAGAACAAGGUACAGAUGCCAAUCCACCAAUGAUGUUACCCUGUGGCCACGUCAUUGCAAAAGAGUCGCUUGAGAAGAUUAGUAGGGGAAACAAAAGGUUCAAGUGUCCUUAUUGUCCCGUCGAAGGACAUCCCAAAGAGGCCAGGAAGGUCUUCUUGUAACCUCCACCCCUUCUCUUUCUGCGUUGACGACGAUCACAUUGCUUUUCCAUCAUUUCUUUUUCCAAGUACUGCAUAGCAUCAGGCGUUUUUCUGGGAGGGCUCUUGAAAGAGCGGAUGGCGAGGUAUGGACUUUCACCAGGAGAGAUUCUGGCCCUUAUGAGGGAAUCGCGAUGCUGUCUUUUUCUCACAUGGGAAAGCCCUUUUGUAUAUUCAGAUCUAUGGGCUGUUUUUCAAUUCUAUCAUUUCGUGUACAACAAAGUCGAUUUUCCUCUUCGAAGAAUAACUAUGAGAUCUUCCCACU